AUGUCUGUAUACGAAAUCCCAGCCACUGAGGGAGAUAAUCUACUUUAUGGCGAGUGUGGCAUUGGAGGUCCCACAGCAUCAAGCAGGAUAGUAGGAGGGGUACCGGCAUCUUCAGGAUCAUGGCCCUGGCAGGCCAGUCUGCGUCUUGAUGGGAAGCAUAAGUGUGGAGCCACUCUCAUCAGCAACAUUUGGCUAGUUUCUGCUGCUCACUGUUUUGAGUUAGGUAAAGAUGUGGAUAGGUGGACAGUAGUAUUGGGUUCCAUCUCAUCCACCCCUGGAGUCGGGAUGAAGGUCCAGAGAAUCAUAGCGUAUGACACCUUCAGCGUUGAAAAUCAGGCAAAUGACAUUGCACUUCUCCAGCUGUCUGCGCCUGUCAGUUUUAAAGAAAACGUCCGCACUGUAUGUUUACCAAAGGCAUCUGACAACUUUGCUGAUGGUUCAUCGUGCUAUGUCACCGGAUGGGGAUCACAGCAAUAUGACGGCCCUAUGUCAACAGUUCUACGACAAGCUGAAGUGAAGAUAAUUAAUUCAAAUUUGUGUGGUAGCACCGAAAUGUAUGGAAGUACAAUGCAACCUUCAAUGCUAUGUGCUGGAUAUGUGGAGGGAAAAAUCGAUGCUUGCCAGGGUGAUUCUGGUGGUCCUUUGGUCUCUAUGCAAAAUACAGACAAGUGGUUCCUUGUUGGAAUUGUCAGUUUUGGUGAUGAAUGCGCAUUAGAAUACAAGCCUGGCGUCUACUCCAGAGUUACAUACCUGCGCAACUGGAUCACAAAGAUGUCUGGAUUGUGA